AUGGGCCGCGGCCACCUCGGAGGGACCCGGGGGCCCGUAGCCGGGGGUUGCGGGGCUGGAGGCGACACGCUGGCGGCCUGCCAUAGCCUCGCGGAGCACUUCACCCAGUCCCGGACGGAGCUGCUGAAAGCUGCGGUGCCUUCCCUCAUAUACACCUUCCAGAACAACUUGAUGUUCUACAGCCUGACAAAGCUGAGCGCUCCGGUGCAGCAAGUCUUGUACCAAAUGAAGGUGGUCACGACCGCAGGCCUGGGGGUGGUGAUGUUGGGGAAGACGCUGGGCCCUGUGAAGUGGAGCGCCUGCUUCCUGCUGGCCGCUGGCAUCAUGGUCGUGCAGGUCAGUAGGAAUGCACAGACCACCAACUCGCACUUCUCACUGGACUUCAACUUCCUAGACAAGAUGGAGGAUGAUCAGAUGAAGGGGUUCGUCGCGGUGAUCCUCGCCUGCUUCACCAGCGGCUUCGCUGGGGUCUGGAUCCAGAAGAUGCUGCAGCAGACGAGCGCCUCUAUCUGGAUGCGGAACGUGCAGCUGGGCCUCUUCGGGUCGAGCACUGGGCUGCUAGUGGCGGUGGCGCAAGAUGGCGAUGUCAUCUUCAACAAGGGCUUUCACACAGGAUACAACAUCCGCGUGCUGCUGGUCAUCGCCAUGAACGCUUUCGGGGGUUUGCUGUGCGCGGUGAUGCUGAAGUACGCGGGUGCCACCCACGGCUGCUUCAGCACCGCCCUCUCCAUCAUCCUGACCUGCCUGAUGUCCUCGCUGCUGCUGAACGACUUCGUGCCGGACUUGCUCUUCGUGGUCGGCACUUCCAUCUCGCUGGCCGCGUCGUUUCUCUUUGCGCUGGGCCUGCCGUCGUCGUGUGCCAACGAGUCGGGGCGGCUUGGCUCGCUCGAGGGCCCUGCGCAACGCGCCGAGGCUUUGAACUCCCAGGGCCUCGCUGCCGAAACGGGCGGCGAGUCCGCGAGGGCUGGGGUGAUCGCUCACGUGCACUGCGCGAGCCUGCACCAAAGGCUCAGCUUUGGGGAGUUCUGCGAGGCCUUGCGGCGCUUGGGCUACGCUGGGGACUUCAAGUCCUUGUUCAAGGAGUACGACAAGCAGCAGAAGGGCUUCAUUUGCCUGGCGGACCUGGACCCUGAGGCAGAUCUUUUGGUCGCGGACUUCCUGGCGCUGCUGGGGGAGCACUUCGAGACCUUGGACCUGGCCUGGCGGGAUGGCUUCCACCAAGACCCCCACGGCAGCAUCACCAGGAAAGACCUCCUGGAGGCGUGCACGACUUUGCGGUACGACCACGAUCCGGAAAAGCUCUUCAAGUGCCUGCAGCCGUCGCCGGGGAAGGUGUUGCUGACAAUCUGGGACCUGGAUCCUGCCUGCAGCCGGCGCCGGCGGCGAGGCAUGGAAGUGAUCAUACCCAGUGCCCCUCGGCCUUUGAGCCCCACGGCCCGGGAGAAUGAGAAGAAGACCUUCUUCCUGGAGGACGGAUCUCCGACAGCAAGGAGCAAGAACGACAAGAAGUUCUAUACCUUCAUCGGGCCCAGCCCCGCCCAGAACUUGCGCCAGGCGUUGCGGAACCACUUCGGCUCCACGGUGGCAGCUUGGAGGUUGGCCUUCGACCCGCACUUUCAUGGCACCUGUGGCUUUGGCAUGUUCAUGAAGGUGCUGGAGGAGUGCUCCUUCGGCGGCAAGGCCCAGCCGCUGUGGCAGGAGCUCAGCGGCGAGGAGAACUUCAUCACCCUGAAAAACAUCGAUGAGCCGGCCGCCAGUCUUAUGGAUUCCUUUCGGGAGCAGCUCCUCGGCAAGUUCGAGACCAUUAUGGACGCCUGGUACAAGUUGGAGGAGGUCACCAGCGGACUGGUUGACGAGGAGGGGUUCCUCAUGGCGCUCCACUCCCUGCGCAUCGCUUCGAAGAACCCGGCCAAGCUCUUCAAGUUGCUGCUGUCGCGCACCUCACAGAGGUCUGUCGCAGCGGAGGACCUCCAGGCGCUGCUGGUGGGGGUGCCGCCAGAGAAGCGCCGGGAGCUUUGGGGCGCCCCAAGGCCCAGGAAAAAUCGUCAGCAGUCCAAGAAGGCCGGCAAGGAAAGGACGAGACCUCCAAAGUCCAGGGCGCCGCCUGAGCGCCAGGAGAAGCUCCGAGCUCGGAUCUCCGAGCCCAGGGAGACCGAGAGCUCGACCAAGGUGGAGUUCCGGCCAUCAAGGCCGCAAAGAAUGGAGGAAGCCCCGCGGGAUACCAGGCAGGCUGCUGCGGCGGCGGCAGCUUUGGCGGUCGAGGAAGUGCUGCGGUUCGCCACUGACGCAGUGGCCGCCAAUGCAGUGGCGCAGUCGCAGGCGGAAGCAGCAGAGAGAAGUGAGGCGAGUCCCUACACAAGCCCCGAUGCAAGCCCCACUGCCAGCCCGGAAGCGAGCCCCACCGCAAGCCAGGGCACAAACCCAAGCACGAAGAGGAAAGCGGCAGCAUCCCUGCUGAAAGCAGCGAAAAAUGGGAGCCUGGCAAAGUCGCUGGACACCUUUGAGGAAGCUCAGGUGGAGGCCGCGCCGGCCGAGAGCGCGAACGGGCCGGCAGAGGCGGAAGCAGCAGAGAGAAGUGAGGCGAGCCCCUACACAAGCCCCGGUGCAAGCCCCACUGCCAGCCCGGAAGCGAGCCCCACAAGCCAGGGCACAAACCCAAGCACGAAGAGGAAAGCGGCAGCAUCCCUGCUGAAAGCAGCGAAAAAUGGGAGCCUGGCAAAGUCGCUGGACACCUUUGAGGAAGCUCAGGCGGAGGCCGCGCCGGCCGAGAGCGCGAACGGGCCGGCAGAGGCGGAAGCAGCAGAGAGAAGUGAGGCGAGCCCCUACACAAGCCCCGGUGCAAGCCCCACUGCCAGCCCGGAAGCGAGCCCCACAAGCCAAGGCACGAACCCAAGCACGAAGAGGAAAGCGGCAGCAUCCCUGCUGAAAGCAGCGAAAAAUGGGAGCCUGGCAAAGUCGCUGGACACCUUUGAGGAAGCUCAGGCCGCGCCGACCGAGAGCGCGAACGGGCCGGCAGAGGCGGAAGCGGCAGAGAGAAGUGAGGCGAGCCCCUACACAACCCCCGGUGCAAGCCCCACUGCCAGCCCGGAAGCGAGCCCCACAAGCCAAGGCACGAACCCAAGCACGAAGAGGAAAGCGGCAGCAUCCCUGCUGAAAGCAGCGAAAAAUGGGAGCCUGGCAAAGUCGCUGGACACCUUUGAGGAAGCUCAGGCCGCGCCGGCCGAGAGCGCCAAUGGGCUGGCAGAGGAUCGCCCGUUCUCGGAUCAGGUGGAUCUGUUUUCGCCUGCCUCCCAGCCUGGGUUCCUCGGGUUGGGCGCGGACGGCCAUGCCAAUUGGUCCGGCCGCCGCGAGGGCGAGAAGUGCCCUUGUGGGCCGGUGAAGGCUGGCCACGCGAAGGGCAGGCUCGUGUUCUCGCGGCGGCCCCGGCCCCGGCCAGCGCAGCGGCGCCCCGGCACGGGCGCCCGGAGUUCGGAGCUGUGCCCUAGUCAAGAGGGCUGGGACCCAGCAGUUGGUGCGAUGCCUUUGCUGCCCGACGGCACCUUCGCGCGGGGCGAGAAGUGGUUUGCGCAGCGGGGCCGGCCCAAGAACCACACGGAGGAGUUCUGGGCCAAGUACGACGGCUUCGGGAGUGUGGCUCUGGCCUUUGAGGUGGGCGAGAAGGGCAUCACGGCCUUGCACAAAGCGGCGGCCUUUGGCUGGCCCCAACAGGCGCAGUUCCUGCUGGCGCGGCAUCCCGAGCUGGUGGCUGCAAGGACGUCUGCAGGACAGACGGCCAAAGAGGUCGCGCAGCGUGCUGUGGCCUGGUGCGCGACGAACAGCCGGUCUGCGGAGGAGCGCAAGAUGCACCAAGAGGCGCUGAAGGAGGGCGUGGAGAUCUUGUUCGACGUGGUGGGCACCAACUGA